AUGGCGAACACCACGACCGUUGCGGCGCCCAUUGCAUGGCAACCGUCAAGCUACUGGGACGGUAACGAUGGACUUUGGAACACCUUCGUGGUCAAUGUCGGCACGCCUCCACAACAAUUCCGCAUCCUGCCUUCAACAGCAGGACAAGAGACGUGGCUACCAGAUCCUCAAGGCUGUCAAGUGGCCGAUCCAUCCAACCCUGGAUACUGUGGCUUUCUGCGUGGUACAUUGCCCGUUAAUGGUACGAACAGUUCAGGUUUCAGCAGCAAACUUAGCAGUAGUUGGACUCUGAUCGGUGCCUACACUCUGGACGCGCAAGUAGCCGAGCUGGGCUAUACCGGCAAUGGUCUUUGGGGCUUCGACACUGUUACCCUCAAUGACACGAGCUCGACGUUAACGCAGAGCAAGCAGGUCGCAGCAAGCGUGCCAGAUUUGGAUUUCUGGCUUGGUGUUUUUGGAUUGGGUCCAAAAUCCAUCAACUUCACCUCGUUCAAUGACCCUAUUCCCAACUAUAUGAGCAACCUCGUGAGCAGUAACAAGAUCCCGAGUUUAUCGUGGGGCUACACGGCAGGCGCACACUAUCGCGGCGAUCAAGGGCCGGCGUCAUUGACGUUGGGCGGCUAUGACACGAACAGGUUUGAAGCGACAAACAUUACUUUUGACAUGGAUUCAGACAACUCGCGGCCUCUCCAAGUAGCAAUUCAGAAGAUCAUUGGUCAAGACACGCUUGCGGGCUCUGCAAUCAAUUUGCUACCAACUCCCAAAUGGUUCUUCAUUGAUUCCACGCUUCCACACAUAUGGUUACCGGACGACGCGAUCAGACAGUUUGUCAGGAGCUUUGGCUUGACGUACGAUAACAACACCGACCUGUACCUGAUCAACAGUACGAUGCGAAGCAAGAUGCUACAGCUGAAUCCAACAGUGACCUUCUUCCUUAGCAAUGCUACUUAUUCAGGAACUACGUACACGCAGAACAUCGAGCUUCCGUACUCGGCAUUCGACAUGCAAGCAAGCUAUCCAUACUACACGAACGCAACACAUUACUUCCCAAUUCGGCGAGCUGCAAAUUCCUCGCAAUACACGUUUGGCCGAACCUUCCUUCAGGAAGCGUACCUCAUUGCUGACUUCGAGCGCUACAACUUCACUGUUGCGCAAACCGCGUAUGACAAUGUAUUGACGAAGCAUCUCGUUGCGAUCGAGAAGCCUGUCGGCAACAACACCUCAGGCACGCAGACCUCAACGCGAACGUCGAAAGGUGUGAGUGCCGGCGCAAUAGCUGGCAUUGUGAUUGCUGCAAUUGCCGGCAUUGCGUUGAUCGCGUGGGCGAUAUGGUUCGUGAUACGCCGCAACAAGCGCAAGCACCAGCCCGUACCUACUGCCGAUCCGGAAGAACCUGAUAAGUCCGAAGAGUAUUCGCCCGACAAGAAGGAUGAUGCACACCGCGGCUCCGAGUUGCCGUCCGAGAAUGCGUUCUCUGAAGCUCCGGGCAACGCUGCGAAAGGACAAACCAGCGAGCUGGCAACCCCGCUGAUUGGUGCUGAGAUUGAAGGCGAUAUGGGCAGAUUCAGAGGCAGGGCCGGCAUGCAUGAGAUGCCAUCACCGCCUGUUGGGCAUGAAAGCAAGCUCCUCGCGGAGGCGCCAGGUAGCGAAGCGCAGAGGUAUGAAUUAAUGGGCAGCGAGCCAGCGCUGAAGAACAACGAGGAGACGAGGCCUUGA